CGCAAACAGAGACAGAUCCAACUUCUUCUUCUUCUUCUGAAAAGCCAAAAAAAUAUAUGGGUGUUGAUGAGGAGAAAUCUGCAGGUGAAGAGAAAGUUUGGAGUCUUUGUAGAAUGCCAUUUUGGCAGACGAGUAGUAGCAGUGGCAAUGGCUCUUCUUCAUCUUCAUCUUCAUCUUCAUCUUCAUCAAUGGGCAACGACAAUGUUUACCAGCAACAGAGCCAAAGUAGUCAGCUUGGUGAAAGAUCAACUGUGACUUCCACAAAUGCACUGUUUUUUAUGGCCAAAUCUUUGCUUCCUGCUCGAAGAAGACUUAGGCUUGAUCCUCCCAAUAAGUUGUAUUUUCCUUAUGAACCAGGUAAACAGGUCAGGAGUGCCAUUGACAUUAAAAACACUAGCAAGUCCCAUGUAGCGUUCAAGUUCCAAACAACUGCACCAAAGAGUUGCUACAUGCGACCUCCGGAAGGUACACUUGCUCCCGGUGAAAGUCUUAUCGCAACCGUGUUUAAGUUUGUGGAACCUCCAGAGAACAAUGAGAAACCAAUAGAAAAGAAGAGCAGGGUUAAGUUCAAGAUCACGAGCUUAAAAGUGAAAGGAGAAACAGAUUAUGUCCCAGAACUGUUUUAUGAGAAAAAGGAUCAGGUUUCAGUUGAGCAGAUUCUACUUGUCGUUUUUCUCGAUCCAGAACGUACUUGUCCUGCAUUGGAAAAACUUAGACGUCAACUGGCCGAGGCCGAGGCUGCACUUGAAUCGCGCAAAAAGCCUCAAGAAGACACCGGUCCGCAUGUAGUUGGGGAAGGACUCGUUAUAGAUGAAUGGAAAGAACGAAGGGAAAGAUACUUGGCUAAGCAGCAGGUUGAAGGUGUUGGAGCUACAUAGAAGUGUAAUUUCUUCCACUGCUUCGGGCAUUGAGCACUUCUUUCCUUGAUCUGAAGUUUUCUGUUUGUGUUGUUGAAUUCUUUUCUCAUUUGAGGGUAUUGGGGUGGUGUUCAAGGGGACUCGAAAUAGUGCUUAAACUUAAGCAUGUUGCUUAAGGGUUGUGUUGUAGAUAUUGCUGAAUUUGGCAGGACCAUGCUAUAUUAUCUUUAUGUUGAA